AUGGAUGUUUAUUUAUUUUAUUGCAGAAUAUUAACUGGAGUUUCGGAAAUGGUUAAGAAAAUUGCACGAUCAAUGACUGAAAAUGAGCAAAAAAUGUUGAUGUAUAUCACGUUGACGUGUGGAAUUGUAUCAAAGUUUGCCGAAUUAUCAAUGCCAAAUUUGGAUGUUGUGAAAACAUUGAGAAUGAGUGUUUGUGAUAGACUGGCUGAGGUAAACAAAAAAAUAGUAAUAUUUUUUGGAAAACUCCUGUUUUUCAGAUGUUCCAUGCAUUCCCUGAUCGACAAUUAUUAUCUGAAGAAGUUAGAAUAUUGAAAGAUGUUAUAAUUUCAAGUCAUUUGAAUGAUCUACAAAAAAGUACUGUAGUUGAACGAGAAGAUUCGAAUUAUUUGCCAGUUGUUCCAUUUUCUGUUGUUAAAUUAGCUGCAGCAAUUUGUAAACUACCAACACUUUAUCAGAUUUUGACAAUUAAUUUGGAAUGGAAUAUAAUUGGAGAAACUGACAAAAGAACUUGUGAUGUUAUUGAUAUUUUAUUGGCUCCUUUAUUAUGGCCUGGAUGCUUUGAUUUGAUGUUUCGAACAAUUCGAGGAGCAAUUAUGAGAUUAUCUGAACUUGCUGAUGAAAACCGUAUUGAUAUUGGACAAUUUGUGAAAUGUUCUGAUGUUCAAAUUGCUAAAAGUUAGUUUUCAACAACAAUAAUGUUUUUUUGUAUUUCUGAAAAUCAUUAAGUCUGUAAAUUUUUUUUCAGAGUCAAAUUAUGGAACAAGUCUUCUCCAGACAAGAAUUCGUUUUGUGCUUGAUUUUCUAACAAUGCAAAUCGAAAAAGAAGUUGCGAGCAAUAAAAGACCAUCAAGUGAAAGUAUCACACUUCUCGAAAGAUUUUCGGAUUUUGUGUCAGAAUUUGAAGAUAUUCCAAAUCGUCUUGCAACUCCAUUAUUAAUGUGUAUUGAAAGAUUGAAAUGUAAUGAAGAAACAAUGGUGAAUAUGUUGAAAUCAAUGGCUAGAAUUGCACCAAUUCUCAAAGAUCCUCAACAAUAUUUUGGGUGUGUUUGGUGUUUUUUGUGAUGUUUUUUUAAAUAUAAAAUUUUUAGAAAGUUGCCGAAAUUGUUCUCGAAAAUGGCGGGAAGAACACUGCGAGAUGGUUUAGUUGAAAUGGUUCAAGGAUUUUCGAAAUCGAAAAAUAUUGAUGAGAAAACUUCGAAUCUUCUCCAAUUAAUAUGUGAUCUCGAUUCUUGGGACAAAUCAAAAGUUGAUGAACCGAAUUUCGAUAAAAGAUAUGCAGCUUAUCAUUCUCUUAUGGAUAUUUGGACAUCUAAAGAUCAUGUUAGAAUUGAUCCAAUUAUUCUUGGAAUGUUUGUUGGAACACAUUUCCAAUGUAUUUCAACGGUAAGAUCGCAGAGUUUUUGUCUCCCUAAAAUAAUUCAAUUUUUCCAGACAACUGAUUUAUCUCUUCGUAUGACAGCUGGUAAUAAUGUGAGAUCGCUUGUUGAAUUUUCCGGAAAAAGUUUGGAAGGAAAUGAAAAACGUGGAUUCUUGGAGAGUUUCUUGAACCCAACUGUGAUAUUUUUCAUGAAACAUGAAACUGAUGUAAGUUUUUUUGAGGUCUGAAUUUUAAAAUUUUGAGUUUAAAGGUGUGAAUUUUGAAGUCUUACCUUUGAGCCUCGAAUUUGGAAGCCCAAUUUGUUGCAAGAAUUUCACUAUUUUUCUUUCAGGCUGUAAGAGAAGAAGCAUUAUCAACACUUGGAGUUAUGGUUCGAUCAUUCAAAGAAAAUCAACAUUUAGCUGAACUUGGAAGUUUCACAAAUGAUCAAGAUGAAGAAUUAGAUUUUUUGAAAAAUAUGAAUCAUAUUCAAAUUCAUCGAAGACAAAAAGCAAUUCGAAAAUUGAUUGAAAAUAUUGAAAAUGGAGAAAAGAAUAUAUCAUUCAAUGCAAUGUUCAAAUAUUUGAUCCCAAUGAUUAAUCCAUAUCUCAUCAAUUUUUCAGCCAAAUUUAAUGGUUUGUUUUUUUGUCUGAAAUGUUGGUAUUAAUUGGAAUUAUUUUAUUUCAGCUAUUUCUGAUGAAUCUCUUCGUCUUCUCACUUUGACAAUGUCAAAAGCGCCAUGGGGAAAAUAUUGUUCGUAUUUGGAAAGUUGGUUGUCACGAGUUGAAAAAGCAACUGGAUCAUCUGGAUCGAAUUCUUCUCAAGAAGAUGAAUUCACAGAUAAAGCGCUUGUUCGAAUUGUGGUUGCAGUUAUUGAUGCAUUUCAUUUUGAUGUAAACGAAAAAGUGGAAAACAACGAAGGUAUUGAUGAAGAAAAUGAAAAUGAAAAUGAUGGAAUUAUUUUGAAACGUAUCAAUCGAGUGAUUUUACCAAGAUUGACAAAAUGUUUGGAUUCUCAAACACAUAAUGUUGAAAGAAAAGCAAAAACAUUAGAAACACAAGCAACAACUCUUCAUUUGGAUAUUCAACGAACUCCAAUUGCAUUUGCAAUUGUGAAACUUCUUCAAAAGUUACCAGAUGCUGUGAUUGGUCGACAUCUUCAUGGAGUUAUUCUGAAAAUUUGUAAUUUAAUGAUGACACAUUCAUUUGAUGUUCGAGAAACUGCGCGAAAAACACUUCUUCAAAUUGUAAAAUGUUUGGGUUCCAAAUAUUUGGCAUCAAUUAUCACCGAAAUUUCAUUGACAAUGACCAAAGGUUUUCAGGUUAGUAGAAAAUUGAAUUGGAAAAUUGAACAAAUUAAAACAUAUGUUUUUAUAGGUUCAUGUUGCAAUUUAUUCAAUUCAUACAUUGAUUGUUGCUAUGAAAAGUGUUAUAAAAAAUGGAGAAUUGGACACAGCUAUAAAUGUGAUUGUGAAAUUAUGUAUACAAGAUCAAUUCUCAUCGACAUCUGAAGAAAAACAAAUUGGUUCAAUUAAAGCAGAAUGUCCGGAGGCAAAGGGAAAUCGAACACCAGAAACAUUGAUGCAUUUGGGAAGAUUUGUUUCACCUGCUGGAAUUCAAACAGUGUUAGAUCCAUUCAGAACUGUUGUCAAUGAACAUCCAUCUGCUAAAGCAAUUCAAAAAGUAUCGGAUUUAUUAUCAAAGUUUGCAUCAGGUCUCAAAGAUAACGAAGGAUUGGAUAAUUCAAAUCUUCUGACUUAUAUCUAUAAGUCACUUUCAAAUGAUUUGCAAAAAUUGGGAGAUGUUGAGUCGAAAAAUGAAGAGAAAGAAAAAAGUGGGCGAAGACCGGAGAGUUGCUUGAUUCUUCCAGCAGCUCCGAAGAGAAUUGGAGCUAUGACAAAAGUUGUUAUUCGAAGUAGAGAUCAUGUUUUUGCCGAAUUUUUCGUUCAUCUUUUUGCUGCAAUUUUGAAAGAAAAGAAAUUGGAUUUGAAUGAGGAUGGAAUGAUUGCAAGAUUGAAUCCAUUUGUAAAUCUUAUUCUAAAUUGCUUCGAUUAUAAAUACGAGAAGUUGAUUGCGGGAAGUCUUCGAGCAUUGUGUUCAAUGAUUCAAAUUCAAUUAUCAGCAAUUUCAACAAAUUCUCAACGAGUUUCUGAUACACUUUUUAUUCUUUUGAGUGAUUAUGCAUCAAUUGGACAAGCUGGAAAUAAACCAGAAAUUGUUAAGUUGAAUCAAUUGAUUUAUAAAGGAUUCACAAAUCUGAUUAAUAUAUCUGGAUGUGAUUUUCUUGAUAAUGAUAAAUUGACAUUGUUAUUGGCAUAUGCUGAAGCUGAUGUUUUGGAUCAACACAAACAGGCAACCAUGUUCUCGUUAAUCAAGAUUUUGGUCAAAAAAGGAGUUCGACAUGAAAGAGUAAGCUGUUUGAAGAUUUUUCAUUAAAAACGUUUUGUUUUUAUAGCUUUCUGAAAUAAUGGAUCAUUUGGCGGAAACAUCAAUUAGAUCUCCAUUAAUCAAUAUUCGUGCACAAUGUCGAGAAACUUUGUUGGAUUAUAUUGGAGGAGCUUCGGACUCAGAUAAAUCAGUUGAAAAAUUCGUUGAAUUCUUUUUGGAUCAAUUGGAUUAUGAAUAUGAAACUGGAAGACAAUCGGCUGCCGAAAUGCUUUGCCAACUUUUCCGAAAUUUGUUAUCGGUUUGUUAAUUUUAUCGUUUUUUUUGUUGGAAAAAACAGAUUUUUUUAGAAAUCGCUCGAAAAUGUUCAUAUGCUUUGUGUUGUCAAACUUGGAGCAGCAAUAAUGAAUGAUGAAUCUCCAAAAGUUUCGGCUCAAAUUGGAAUUGCACUUCGAAAUUUGUUAUCAAAUGUUGGAACAUCUCAAAGAAAUGAAACUUUUGAAGUUAUUUUACAAUGGUUGGAAACUGAAGACGUAUGUUUCAAAAGAUUUUACAUACUGUCAAAAUAAUUUUGUGGUUAUUUUUCAGGAAAAUGCGAGAGCAGUUGCAAUUCAAACAACGGUUCAAUUGAGUUUUGUUGAAAAGGAGAAAAUGACCCAUAAAAUUGGGAAAAUAUUCGAAAAUUUGAAAAAUAUUUUAUUCGAUGAAAAUUUGUUCGAAAAUACCAAUGAAACUACAAUUAUAUCAAUGUUGAAUGGAAUAACUCGAAUUUUGGCGAAUGUUGGAAAACAAAGUGUAACUCAAUUUGAUCCAUUUUCAUUUUUGGAAGCUCUUGGCGAUUUGGCGAAAUGUGAAGAAUCGAUAAGUGUUAUGUGUGCUGCAUCAACAUUAAUUGGACAAAUUUUAUCAUUUAUUGAGAUUGAGAAUAUUUCGGAAAAUUUAGCCAAAGAAAUAAGUUUAUGGAUGUGUCGAGCAUUGAGACAUUCAAAUUUGGAUAUUGCAACUGGAGAACAAACAUCUAAAAAUCUUGUUUGUUUAUCAAAACGACUUGAUAUUGAAACAUACAAACUCAUUAUUGCAAAUAUUGCUCAAUCUUGUAAAUAUGAAGUAAAACAUCAAGUAAAACAAGUUGUUAAAAGAAUAAGUUGUUUCAAAUUGAUUGCUGCAUUAUUUGUGACUGGAGAUAGUGAAAGAUCUAAUUGUAUUCUUGAGAAAUUUAUGAGUAUUUUUGUGAGAGAAUUGAGAACUUGCAGUGAGUUAUUUUUUCAGAAGAUUUUUUUCAAAUCGUAAAUUGUUAUGUUCAGGAGAUGAAGAAUUAUCGAAUCUGACCCAAGAAGUUUGUGGAUUGAUAAAGAAAAAGAUUGGAGAUGAUGAAUAUAGUCGAAGAGUUGGAGAAUGUCAGAAAUCAGCAUCGGAUAAAAUUACAGACAGAAAACGAAAAAUAAGAGUGAGUUUUUUGACAAACCUGUGAAACAUUGACGACAAAAAUUUUUUUUUUUGAAAACAAUUCUAAUUUUCAGGAACUUGCUGUAACUGCACCAGAAGAUGCAGCUGAACUUCGUCGUAAAAAGAACAAAAAGAAAAUGGAUUCAAGAAAACGAAAACUUGAUGAAAUGAAACCAUAUCGAAUGAUGAAAAGAAAACAUGCUGAAACUAGAAAAUUACAAGAAAAUGAAGAAGAUUAG